AAAAAAGAAUUAUCCACACGAGUUUGGUCUCGUAUGAUAUGGGUGGUGUUAUGGCGAUGGUGUGUAUUGUGUAAUAUGCACCUUACAAAAUUGGGACUUAUCCCAGUGAAUAGUUCUUUUCGAAUCCCUCCCUUUCUUCUUCUUCUUCUUCUUCUUCUUCUUCUUCGAUUGGAUCUUGUCUCGUACUUGGUUCGAUUUCAGCUCAAGAACAACUCAACACGAACACUUCCGCUCACUGUCGAAAACUCGAACAACCAAAACUGAGAAAUUUCAUUUUGGUGGACUUUCAAAGACCCUAAGCAUGGAGGAGGACCGGUGUUCGAUCAAGGAUGAUGCGACUCAAUUGAUAGGUGACACCCCAAUGGUAUAUCUGAACAACAUUGUAGAUGGUUGCGUUGCUCCUAUUGCAGCUAAGCUUGAGAUGAUGGAGCCUUGCUCUAGUGUCAAAGAACGAAUUGCUUAUGGUAUGAUUAAAGAUGCAGAAGACAAGGGAAUGAUUACUCCCGGGAAGAGCACAUUGAUUGAGGCAACUUCUGGUAACACCGGGAUUGGCUUAGCCUUCAUCGGGGCAGCUAAAGGUUACAAAGUGGUGCUCACAAUGCCUGCAACCAUGAGCCUUGAAAGAAAAAUCAUUCUUUUAUCAUUAGGUGCAGAGGUUCACCUUACAGAUCCUAGUAAAGGCGUCCAAGGAAUCAUCGACAAAGCUGAAGAGAUAUUAAGCAAAACUCCAGAUGGGUUCAUACUGCAACAAUUCAAAAAUCCUUCAAAUCCGGAAACUCAUUAUCGAACCACGGGUCCAGAGAUAUGGAGAGACUCUGCAGGGAAAGUAGAUAUAUUGGUGGCUGGUGUUGGGACUGGAGGAACGCUUUCCGGAUCAGGAAGAUUCCUCAAGGAGAAGAAUAAAGACUUUAAGGUUUACGGGGUGGAACCUGCAGAAAGUCCAGUAAUCAGUGGAGGCAAACCGGGUCCACAUUUGAUCCAAGGAAUUGGGGCUGGACUCAUCCCAGACAAUUUGGAUUUCAACGUUCUUGAUGAAGUCAUUCAAGUGACAAGUGUUGAAGCAAUUGAAACAGCCAAACUUCUUGCCCUGAAAGAAGGAUUACUGGUGGGAAUAUCUUCCGGAGCUGCUGCAGCAGCUGCGAUAAAGGUGGCAAAGCGGCCAGAAAACGCUGGGAAACUCAUUGUUGUGGUUCUUCCCAGCGGCGGGGAACGUUACUUAUCGACUUCAUUGUUUGAAUCGAUCAGACAUGAAGCAGAGAAUUUGCCAAUUCACUAAGGGCUUAUAUGCUACCUCUCACUCGCGGUUCGGUUUGUUAAAACAUUACCAAGGUUUCGGGUUGAAGGAUUUCAGUUGAUGCCUGAUCCUCUCAAUCUUAGCCUCUCAAAUGGACUCUCUCCUGUGUUUUCUUCUCAUAUCUAAAUGUGUAAAAGUCUAUAUGAUAACUGUAGUAAAUUCUUAUAAACCAAUGGUUAUUCAUGUAUUUUAUUUUUCUUGUCAAUUAUCAUUUCACAAACC